AUGGGGUUCAAGAACCCAGAGUUCCGUGUGCUGCGGCGCAUCGAGCCCGACCAUCGCGGCUCGCUCGGGAGGGCGGCCAGUGCCGGCACGACCCCCGUCCCCGCCCGCACGCCCACCCCGCGCCGGGGAAGGGUGUUCCCGGGGCGGGCGAAGGGCGGGAAGGGGGACGGGUUAUCGAGAGGGAAAAUCGGCGGCUGUCGGCGCAGAGCUCGCUCGCGUUCCGCGCCGGCGGCUGGGGCUCCCGGUCCGCCCGUGGCCAUGGGGCUGCAGCCCCGGCGCGCCGCGGGGCCCUGCCCGCCCGCGGGGAGAAGCGCCGCCCUGCCCUCCGCUCCUCCCUGGGCCCGCAGCGACGAGCCGGAGGGAACUCCCGGGCGCCCCGCCGCGCUGCCGCCCCUCCUGCCGGCCAUCCUGCCCACCCCCUCCGCUUCCCCCGCCGCCGCCCGGGCGCAGCCCAAGAAGCCGCCGGCCGCCGCCUCGGCCCCCAAGAAGGCGGCGCCCCGGCCCGCAGAAGAGAAGGCGGCGAGGAAGGCGCGGGGGGCGCCCCCGGAGCGGCCGGGGCCCCUCUCCAGCUCCUGGCCCUGCUCGUCCCUGCAGCGGCCGCCGCCGCGCAGAGCUCCGGCCGAGCGGGCGGCGCGGCCCCAGCCCGCCCCGCCGCAGCCGCGGGGCCGCCCGGGGGCGCCGGCGGCGGGCAGCCGCUCCUGCGAGAGCCUCGGCGGGGCGGCGGGCGAGGCGGCGGGGCGCUUCUCGCUCAGCCUGCCCCCGGAGGCCAUCCGCGUGCUGCAGCGCCGCAGCCUGGAGCGGCAGCGGGGGCAGCCCGCGCCCUCCCCCGCCGGCAGAGCCGCCCCGGCCCGGCGCGGCGACCUGCGCGCCCUGCUGAAGGUCUCGCUGCUCAACGACCGGCACCGCUACGACGACGAGGAGUACGAGGAGGAGGAGGCGGGGGCCGCGGCGGACGAGGGGCUGGUGCGGAAAUGCACCGAGUGGCUGCGCGGCGUGGAGAGCGCGGCCGGCCGCGAGCACCCCGAGCGGCUGGAGACGCUGCCGCACCUGGGCACCCUGUGAGCGCCGCCGGGAGCGCCCGCACCGGGGGAGCUGGGGCCGCCAUCCGCGGUGCCGGGCUCCCCGCGGCGCUGGCGGCGCCUGGCAGCCCGGGCAGCGGGGCUCUUGGCCCGGAGCCCAUCCUCGGGGCGCCGCCGCCGCCGGGGCGAGGGACAAAGGAGCGGCGCCGGCCUCCGGGUGCUGGAGGGAGGGAGGGAGGGCGCCGGCUGUGGGCGUCCUGCCUCCACCCUCGCGGUUUUUUUAAAGAUUUCCGACUACUUUAUAAAAUGUGCGUAAUGGUUUUGUAUAUUUGUACAUAAAAGUUCAUUUUUAUUUAUUUGAAUAAAGGACUCUUGUGUUGCGUUA